CGUGGCGAGGCGUAACUUGUCCGUGCGGCGUCAUUGAUUCCUGUCCCGUUGUUCAUGCACAACAUCAUCUAAGUGCAACAUCUCAACUUUUUAUGCCAACAAUGUGUUUAUGUUUGAUCCAGUUCAGUUUCUUUCAGCCAGUCCGGGGGCCGUCUGCACGCCGGGGUUGACUUGUUAUGAUAGGAUUGUACAUCUCAAAAGCCUGAGGCAUGGUGGCUCUAAAUACCUGCUCCAGGUUUGUCACAAGUUGGGGUUAAAAAGGAGCCUGUGGAGUUUUCUUUGGUGGCAACCCACUGGGACUUCACCCGUUGGUUUGUGGGUAAAAAGAUGGCAGCAAAAGAGAUACAGGCUACCUUUUUAAGUUGUAACAGGAAACUGACUAAAACAUCCCGGUCAAACCCCUCCCUCAUCUCCUGCCGCUGAUUUCUUCAAUCAUUUCUUCGUGUUUCCCCUUUUUUAUCGGUCUGCACAUGGAUUGAAGUUGAAGUGAUUCUACAGGAACUAUGGAAGAAAAAGGACCUACUGUUUGGAGUUAACCUCAACCAGAUUUCCAACCACAAUCAACACAAAGAAACCCACCGUACAGAACAGCAGUAGGAGCACCGCACUGACUCACCGCUUGAUAAUAUGACAGUAGUGUGCUGAUGACCUGACAAUCGCAGAGAACGGUUCCAUAUCUGUACAGUCUACUGCCGCUCAUCUGUAGUUCUCUGUGCAAGACGCCACCACAGCGCAUGCAGCGGUAGCACCGGCCCCGUCUCGCUGUCCUCUCGGUUUCAGCAGCCUCACCUGCACAGCGGAGGACGGCGGAGCUCCUCGGCGGACACUUUGCUGAGCGCGUCACGGCACUUUUUUUUGGUGUUGUUGUUGUCGUCGUUGAUACCAUGAAGCGGAGCAGCCGCCCGGCAGCGUGACUCCCUCCAGCAGCCUCCUCCACUCCGGUGUCCACACCACACCAGCCGAGGAGAUCAGGGCGACCCGUUCGCGAUGAGCCGUUAAAUUCCUCCCGCCGCCGCCGAUGAUUUCUCUGGAGCGCGGACCGAGCGUCUCCUAACAGCGGAGGGGAGACGAGCAGAGCGCCCCCCCCCCCCCUCUCGUUCAUUUCAACCCCUCAGAUGGACCGAGUGCCCCCGGCACUGGCCGCCAAGAUGCGCUGGAUCACGCUGGUGUUCGCCGGCUUGACUUUCUGGGGCAAAGUGACUAUUUGUGACUGUUUCGACUACGAGGAGCCAGAGUACGACUACUACGAAGAGGAGCGAGCGGAGACCAUCGACUACAAAGACCCGUGCAAAGCCGCUGCCUUCUGGGGCGACAUCGCUUUGGACGAGGACGACCUGCGGAUGUUCCAGAUCGACAGGACGAUAGACCUCACGCAGCGCGCGCACAUGCACACACACUCUCGGCAGGGGCACACGUCAGGUGGGCUGGAGGAACACGAAGUUGCAAAGAAGAGAGGGUCGUUAUACCUGCUGCUGGAAAGAAUACGUCGAUUUGGCUUCGAUUAUCUCCCCAAGAACGUCAGCAAAGCAGCCGCCAGUCCCAAGGGCCAGCCUGGGAAAGGUGGGAAAGCCGGGAGCGCCGCGAAGAGCCGUAUUCCUCGAGCAGCCACGUCGCGCGCCGAGAGGAUAUGGCCUGGAGGAGUCAUUCCCUACGUCAUCGGAGGAAACUUCACCGGUAGUCAGAGGGCCAUGUUUAAGCAGGCCAUGCGUCACUGGGAGAAGCAGACGUGCGUAACGUUCAUCGAGAAGACGGACGAGGAGAGCUACAUAGUGUUCACCUACAGGCCCUGCGGGUGUUGUUCCUAUGUGGGUCGUCGUGGCAACGGGCCGCAGGCUAUCUCCAUAGGCAAGAACUGUGACAAGUUUGGCAUCGUGGUGCACGAACUGGGCCACGUCAUUGGCUUCUGGCACGAGCACACGCGGCCCGACCGUGACGACCACGUGACCAUCAUCCGGGAUAACAUCCAGCCAGGCCAAGAGUAUAACUUCCUCAAGAUGGAGCCAGGGGAGGUGAACUCUCUCGGGGAGCCGUAUGAUUUCGAUAGCAUCAUGCACUACGCAAGGAACACCUUCUCACGGGGGAUGUUCCUUGACACCAUCCUCCCGUCCAGAGACGAAAACGGGGUCCGGCCCGCUAUUGGCCAGCGGACCAGGCUCAGUAAAGGAGACAUUGCACAGGCAAGGAAGCUGUAUAGAUGUCCAGCAUGCGGAGAGACGCUUCAAGAGUCAACGGGCAACUUCUCGUCUCCUGGUUAUCCCAACGGAUACCCUUCGUACACACACUGUGUGUGGAGAAUAUCUGUUACACCUGGAGAAAAGAUUGUUCUCAACUUCACCACCAUGGAUCUGUACAAGAGCAGUCUGUGCUGGUACGACUACAUCGAGGUUCGGGACGGGUACUGGAGGAAAGCUCCGCUGCUCGGCAGGUUCUGUGGAGAUAAAGUUCCUGACGUCUUGAUUUCCACUGAUAGCAGGAUGUGGAUUGAGUUUCGCAGCAGCAGCAACUGGGUGGGAAAGGGCUUUGCCGCCGUGUAUGAAGCGAUCUGUGGGGGCGAGAUCACCAAGGAUUCAGGACAAAUUCAGUCUCCCAACUACCCCGAUGACUACAGACCCUCCAAAGAGUGUGUGUGGAGGAUCACAGUGACCGAGGGCUACAACGUCGGGCUCAGCUUCCAGGCCUUCGAGAUCGAGAGGCACGACAGCUGCGCUUACGACUACCUGGAGGUCCGGGAUGGCCCUCUGGAGACGAGCCCCCUGAUUGGCCGCUUCUGUGGCUACGACAAACCUGAGGACGUGCGCUCCACGUCACACACACUGUGGAUGAAGUUUGUCUCAGACGGGACGGUGAACAAGGCCGGCUUCGCUGCUAACUUUUUCAAAGAGGAGGAUGAGUGUGCCAAGCCAGACAAUGGUGGAUGUGAACAGAGGUGUGUAAACACUCUCGGGAGCUUCAAGUGUGCCUGUGACCCGGGCUAUGAACUGGCCCCUGACAAGAAGAGCUGUGAAGCGGCGUGCGGCGGCCUCCUCUCCAAGUUGAACGGGACCAUCAGCACUCCUGGCUGGCCCAAAGAGUAUCCACCCAACAAGAACUGUGUGUGGCAGGUGGUCGCUCCCACCCAGUACCGCAUCUCCAUGCAGUUUGAGGCCUUCGAGCUGGAGGGAAACGAGGUGUGUAAAUACGACUAUGUGGAGGUGCGCAGCGGCCUCUCGUCCGACUCCAAGCUGCACGGCAAAUACUGCGGCACCGAGGUCCCCGAGGUCAUCACCUCUCAGUACAACAACAUGAGGAUUGAGUUCAAGUCCGACAACACCGUCUCCAAGAAGGGCUUCAAGGCCCACUUCUUCUCAGACAAAGACGAAUGCAGCAAGGACAACGGCGGCUGCCAGCACGAGUGCAUCAACACAGUGGGCUCGUACGUUUGUCAGUGUCGCCACGGCUUUGUGCUGCAUGAGAACAAACAUGACUGUAAGGAAGCUGAGUGCGAGCAUAAGAUCCACAGCCCCAGUGGGACCCUGAGCAGCCCUAACUGGCCAGACAAGUAUCCCAGCCGUAAGGAGUGCACCUGGGACAUCACGGCCACGCCGGGGCACCGAGUCAAGAUCACCUUCAACGAGUUUGAGAUCGAGCAGCAUCAGGAGUGCGCGUACGACCACCUGGAGGCCUUCGACGGGGACAGCGACACGGCGGCCAUCUUGGGCCGGCUGUGCGGCAGCAAGGUCCCCGAGCCGCUGGUCUCCACCGGGAACAAGAUGUACCUGCGCUUCAUCUCGGACGCCUCGGUGCAGAGGAAGGGCUUCCAGGCGACGCACUCCACAGAGUGCGGAGGUCGUCUGAAGGCCGACGUCCGCCAGAAGAACCUCUACUCCCACUCCCAGUUCGGAGACAACAAUUACCCAGGUCACACCGACUGCGAGUGGCUGCUGACGGCCGAGCAGGGCUACGGCAUCGAGCUGAGCUUCAUCACCUUCGAGGUGGAGGAGGAGGCCGACUGCGGCUAUGACUACAUUGAGCUGUACAACGGGUACGACGCCAACUCACAUCGGCUCGGCCGCUUCUGCGGCUCAGGGCCCAGGGAGGGGAUCUACUCACCCGGCGACGCCAUGCUGAUCCGCUUCCACAGCGACGACACGAUCAGCAAGAAGGGCUUCCACGUCCGCUACACCAGCACCAAGUUCCAGGAGAGCCUCCACACCCGGAAAUGACCCCACACGGAGCCCCGGGGACCCCUGACCCCUGUGCAGCCCCCCCCCCCCCUUCCAAGCCCCCACUGUCUCUCACCCUGACCUUUCGCCAUGGCAACGAGAAAAAACGUUACAGCCUGUCCCCCCUCUCUUCCGUGGACUUUUUGUGGAGACGUUUGGAAGUUUGAAAACAAUACUCUCAUGAACACGUGUCUCCGUCUGUGGGUCCACACAGGUCGUCCAAUCUGGGAUGAGACGGGGGGGG